ACGCUUAUAAAUAAAGCAGGUAGCCUCUCCGCUCCACACAGAACACCCACCCACCAUUCUUGCUCCUGGGCUCCUGGCGAGCUUUCAUUUCUCCUUGUCUGCUCAGGUACAGACAUCAGAUCGGAUCAGACCACCCAUUGAUCUAGCUUGAUCCUUCACACGUGACGAAUCAAUCAACUUCUGACCAAUCGCCAUGGAAAGCUUGCCCAAGCGCGACGCCAACCACGUGCCGCUGAGCCCGGUCACCUUCCUGCCGCGCGCCGCCGCCGUUUACGCGGACCGCACCUCCGUCAUCUGCGGCGGCACCGCCUUCACCUGGCGCCACACGCACGACCGCUGCGUCCGCCUGUCCGCCGCGCUGCAGGCGCUCGGCGUCGCCCGGAACGACGUCGUCUCCGUGCUCGCGCCCAACACCCCCGCGCUCUACGAGAUGCACUUCGCGGUGCCCAUGGCCGGGGGUGUCGUAAACGCCAUCAACACCCGCCUCGACGCCGCCGGCGUCGCCACCAUCCUCCGCCACGCAGCGCCCAAGCUCCUCUUCAUCGACUACCAGUACAUCCGCGUCGCCACCGACGCGCUCAAGAGCAUGAUGGACACAGCGUUGCCGCUGCUGGUCGUCAUUGACGACAUCGAAGCGCCGACCGGGGCGCGGCUGGGCGAGCUGGAGUACGAGGGUCUGGUGGCGCGCGGCGACCCGGGCAGGCACCCGCCGCGCGAGGUGGUGGACGAGUGGGACGCCGUCGCGCUCAACUACACCUCCGGCACCACGUCCGCGCCCAAGGGCGUCGUGUACAGCCACCGGGGCGCUUACCUCAGCACGGUGGGAUUGCUUCUCCAGUGGGGAGUCGGCCACGAGCCGGUCUACCUCUGGUCGCUUCCCAUGUUCCACUGCAACGGCUGGACCUUCACGUGGGGCAUUGCGGCGCGCGGCGGCGCCAACGUCUGCGUCCGCGCGCCGACGGCCGACGCCAUGUACUCCGCCAUCACCGACCACGGCGUCACACACAUGUGCGUCGCGCCCGUGCUUUUCAACGUCCUCCUCGACGCCCACCGCGACCCGCUGCCCCGCGCCGUCGAGGUGCUCACGGGCGGCGCCCCGCCGCCGGCCGCGCUGCUCGAACGCGUGGAGAGGCUCGGCUUCCACGUCACGCACGCCUACGGCAUGACCGAGGCGACCGGCCCGGCCAUGGUCUGCGAGUGGCGGGAGCGGUGGGACGCGCUGCCGGCGCCGGAGCGGGCUGCGCUCAAGGCGCGUCAGGGUGUGAGCGCGAUCUCCCUCGCCGGGGCCGACGUGAAGGACCUCAAGACCAUGGUGAGCGUGCCCCGUGACGGCACCACCCUCGGCGAGAUCGUGCUGCGCGGGAGCAGCGUGAUGAAGGGGUACUACAAGAACCCAGAGGCCACGGACGCAGCGUUCCGCGGCGGGUGGUUCCUGACCGGCGAUGUGGGCGUGGUGCACCUAGACGGGUACGUUGAGAUCAAGGACCGGUCCAAGGACGUGAUCAUCUCCGGCGGCGAGAACAUCAGCAGCGUGGAGGUGGAGGCGGCGCUGUACGGCCACCCGGCUGUGCAGGAGGCGGCGGUGGUCGCCAUGCCGCACCCGCACUGGGGCGAGGCGCCGUGCGCCUUCGUCACGCUGAAGAAGGAGUUCGACUCCGGCGCCGGCGAGGUGAGCGAGGAGGAGCUGGUGGCCUUCUGCCGGAGCAAGAUGGCGCACUUCAUGGUGCCUGGGAAGGUGGUGUUCGUGGACGAGCUGCCCAAGAACGCCACGGGCAAGGUGCAGAAGCUGGCGCUGCGCGAGAGGGCGCGCGGGCUCAGGCCCAGGCCCAGAGGCUCCGACAAGAAGAAGCCCGGCACCACCCGGCCCGCCACGUUAACCGCACUGUCCAGGCUUUGAAUUCUUGUCUGCUGACGUGGCCUGGAGUAACAGCGCUCGGCCAGUCGACCUCCCGUGAAUAAGUAGACUCAAGACAAUAUAGUGGUUGUUUAUUUAUUUUGAGCAAAUAUGUUAGUUAUUUAAUUAUUUUGAGAAAAGCAUGUCGGUAAUUUUGAGUUGGUAAUUAAGCAAAAAAUGUUUGAGAAUGCACAGUGAAAUGAAACUUUUGGAUGGUGUGGCCAUUUUCAUAAUAUACCUUAUCAAGUCUCAUGUGUA